UCAGCAGCGGCCUCUUCUUACAAAACUUUGCAAUAAAUUGACAUAUUGCACCCAAAUCAAAAAAUGCAAUCACCAAACUCAUACAAUGAAGCUUGAAUUCUUGCUCUACUUUUUCCUCUUCAUCUUGCUACUACUCACACUCACUAAAUCAUCAAAGCAUAACAAGAAUUCUGCUACCUCUCCUCUCCCUCCAGGUCCAUGGAAGCUUCCAUUCAUAGGAAACUUGCACCUUCUCUUCGGAUCUCUUCCACACAUUGCUCUCAAAAACCUAUCCACCAAAUUCGGACCACUCAUGUAUCUCAAGCUAGGCCAUGUCCCCACCAUCAUCGUCUCCUCCUCCGACGUCGCCAAGCAAGUCAUGAAAACGCACGACCUGAUCUUCGCCUCCCGCCCGCCUCUGCUGGCAGUCAAGAUCAUGUCGUACAACUGCACGGACAUAGCGUUCGCGCCAUACGGACCCUACUGGAGGGAGCUCCGCAAGAUCUGCACGCUUGAGCUCUUGAGUGCUAAUCGCGUCCAGUCCUUCCACUCGCUGAGGCAGGAAGAGAUUCUGAUGCUUGCUCAAUCCAUAGCUUCGUGCACGGGAUCACCGGUUAAUCUGACUGAGAAAGCGUACGCUUCCGCCUACAGUCUCACUUCAAGGGCCGCGUUUGGCAUGAAAACCAAGGAGCAUGAAGCGUUUGUUUCGCUAGCUCAAGAAGGUACCGAAAUGGCUUCCGGUUUCGAUCUUGCUGAUGUGUAUCCUGGUGUUAAGUUGCUUCAAGUGAUGAGCAUAACUAGGUGGAGAUUGACGAAGCUGCAUCGACAGGUAGACAAGAUUCUUGAAAACAUCAUUAAUCAGCACAAAACUGUGAAUUGUAGUACAAGACAAGACGACCUAGUUGAUGUUCUGCUAAGAUAUCAAGAGAGUGGACAGGAACUUCCCCUUACCAUUGACAACAUCAAAGCUGUUAUCCUAGAUGUUUUCAGUGCAGGAAGUGAGACGUCGGCGACAACAGUAGUUUGGGCAAUGACUGAGAUGCUGAGAGACACACGAGUCCUAGAAAACGCUCAGGAAGAAGUGAGACGUGUUUUCAAGGACAAGGGCUGUGUCGACGAAUCUCACUUCGACAAGCUCAAAUAUCUCAAGGCAGUAAUUAAGGAGACACUAAGGUUACAUCCACCACUGCCCUUGUUACUCCCCAGAGAGUGCAGCCAGAUCUGCAACAUCAAUGGAUACCGAAUCCCACUGAAAGCUAGAAUCAUGGUGAAUGCGUGGGCGAUCGGGAGAGACCCCAAACAGUGGGGGGAGGACGCUGAUAGCUUUAAACCGGAAAGGUUUCUUGAUGCUUCAAUCGACUUUAUAGGCAAUAACUUCGAGUUUAUUCCUUUUGGCGCAGGUAGAAGGGUAUGCCCUGGGAUCACAUUUGGUCUCACCAAUGUCGAGCUUCAACUGGCGAUGUUUCUCUAUCAUUUCGAUUGGAAUCUGCCCGACGGAAUAAAACCACAUCAACUAGCAAUGACAGAGACGUUUGGCGUUACGGUUAAAAGGAAAGAUGACUUGAUGGCCGUUCCUACUGUCAAGAUACCCCUCCAAAUUCUUUGAAUGUAGCAAUGGAUUAAGAUUUGAAUUCUAGUUCAUAUAUAUUUCUGUGGCAUAAUCAAGAUAGAACCUUGAUUGCUGGAAGCCUCAUAGAGGUCAAGAUACCCAAUGUAUUUUAUGUCAAGAAUCCAAAAUCCAUAUUUCAAUGGCACAUAUCACAAAUCAGUUUGGA